GCGAUAGGAGAGGACAUAUGAUACCUCAAGUAGACUAAAUGUGUGUACUAUCAUUACUUAUAUACUCUCUGUUUUUUGUAUGAGUUGUCGUUUUCCUUUAUUUUCUGAAUUCUACUUAGUUUUUUAUUAGCAAAAUACAUUAUGUAUGAUAAUGACUCAUAUACUCUUUUGUUUUUUUAUUUUCUGCUGAGAAAAUGAAUCUGAGUUUGCUACUGAGUGUGACGUUAGAGGAGUAUAUAGUUGAUAAUACUUAUACUUUUCCUAACUACUUCUUCCGAUUUCUAACCAAAUUGAGUCACUAAGUUGAGUCAAACUUCCCCAAUGGAUUAAGCUAAAACCCAAGAACAAUACUCUACUCUCCACUCUUCACCAUUAUACUAAAAUUUUCAUUUCGUUUAGCAAUUAGCAAUAAUAAUGCAUAUUAGAUCUUUCCUUUACUUAUUAAUGAAUCACUAUAAGAUAGUGAUUGUUUCAUUCUUCUUCUAAUGAUUUCUCUUGGAUCUUCUCUCUUGUCACUUCUUCCCCGAUCCAUGUCUCUUUCAAAUCUAAAUCCCCAUUUCAGGAAUAACCCAAAAUAACAAUAUUUUUCCAUCCAAAUCUCACAAAAAUGCACUUAAUUUUCCUAUUAUUAUGUGUAAUCUUACCCUCAUCAAUGGCGGAAAUCAAUGAUGCAAAUGCAUUAUUAGAUUUAAAAUCCACAAUCGACCCACAAAAUAGUCUUCCAUGGAACAAAGAUUCAGACCCAUGUACAUGGGAAGGAGUUAAAGAAUGUAUUAAAGGAAGAGUUUCUAAACUUGUUGUUGAAAACUCUUACCUUACAGGCACCAUUAAUGGCGGAAAACUUUCUCUACUGAGUCAACUCAGAGUUCUAAGCUUCAAAUCCAAUAACCUAACCGGUAAUAUCCCAGAUAUGUCUAGAUUAUUCAACCUUAAAGUCCUUUACCUUAAUCUUAAUGAGUUUACAGGCCCUUUCCCAAAUUCUCUCUCCUCACUUCACAGACUUAAAACCAUUGUUUUAUCGAAUAACAAGCUUUCUGGGAAAUUACCCAGUUCGAUUUCAGAAAUUCCCAGAUUGUAUAUGUUGUAUUUGGAUGGAAAUCAGUUUACGGGUGAAAUCCCUGAAUUGAAUCAAACUAGUUUGAAGUUUUUAAAUCUGUCGAAUAAUCGAUUUUCAGGGGAAAUCCCUAGAACUGUAGCAUUAUUACAGUUCAAUAAAUCAUCAUUUAUGAAUAAUGUAGAUCUUUGUGGGGUUCAGAUUGAAUGUAAUCUUGGUCCAGCAAUGUCGAUUCCGCCAUUAAAACGACAUCAUAAUCAUCGUUUAAGUCACAAAACGAAAAUCAUUCUAAUUGCAGGAAUCUCAGGGGGGAUUGCCCUUAUACUGAUUGGAUUAGUAUUGGGUAUUUUCUUCUGCAAAAGGAGACCCGGAAGAUCCGGAAAGAAAAAUGGGCGGGUUGAAGAAACGGGUCCAUCAGCCUUACCGGGUGAAGAGAGAGAAAAAGGGGAACCUUCAGGAGGAGAGAGAAAAGGAGCAGGAUUUUCAUGGGAAGGAGACAAAAUAGGGAAAUUAGUGUUUAUAGGAGAAGAAGAAAUGAAUUAUGAUAUGGAAGAUUUAUUGAAAGCAUCAGCAGAAACAUUAGGAAGAGGAAGAAUAGGAAGUACAUAUAAAGCAGUUAUGGAAUCUGGUUAUAUUGUUACCGUUAAGAGAUUAAAAGAUGCAACAUACCCAAGAUUGGAUGAAUUUACAAGACAUUUGCUUGUUUUAGGGAGAUUAAAACAUCCAAAUAUUGUUCCUUUGAGAGCUUAUUUUCAAGCUAAAGAAGAAAGACUUUUGGUUUUUGAUUAUUUUCCUAAUGGAAGUUUGUUCUCCCUUCUUCAUGGCAAUCGACCAUCCGGAGGUGGAAAGCCGCUACAUUGGACAUCUUGCCUCAAAAUUGCAGAAGACUUGGCAACUGGACUUCUUUACAUCCAUCAAAACUUUGGAUUAGUCCAUGGAAACUUAAAAUCGUCUAAUGUCCUCCUUGGAUCAGAUUUCGAGUCUUGCCUUACAGAUUACGGUCUUCAUUCAUUCAGAAAUCCUGAAUCGGCAGAAGAACCAAGCACUGCUUCCCUGUUCUAUAGUGCUCCUGAAUGCCGGGACUAUAGAAAACUACCAACCCAACAAGCUGAUGUUUAUAGUUUCGGGGUCUUAUUACUAGAACUAAUGACAGGUAGAACUCCGUUUCAAGACCUUGUGGAAGAGCAUGGGACCGACAUUCCUAAAUGGGUUAAAUCAGUAAGAGAAGAGGAGACCGAAUCAGGUGAAGGAAGUUCAGGAAAUGAAACAUCCGAAGAGAAACUAAGAGCUCUUUUGAGUAUUGCCAUGGCAUGUGUUGCGGUUUCUCCAAAGAGUCGACCUGAAAUGAAAGACGUUUUGAGGAUGAUAAGAGAUACGAGAGCAGAAGCUCAUAUUUCGUCGAAUAAUAGCAGUGAUCAUUCUCCAGGAAGAUGGUCCGACACAGUUCAGAGCUUGCCAAGGGAAGAACAUCUGAGCAUUUGAGAAUUAAGGGUAAAAAAAGUGAUCCAAGUUUGUGUUACAAAAUUGCUAAAAUAUGAUUUUUUUUUUUGUUUACCAGUUGAAUUCUUGAAUAGGAAUGGUAGGUUGUUGGAUGUAAAUCUUCUUUGAGGUUCUUUGUAGUUAUUUUUACCUUUUUUCAUCUCCUAUUUAGUGUGGCUACCUAGUGGUAAUGCUGAUUUAUGGGUUGAUUUUUAUUUGAUGCACCAUAUUUUAUGGUUUUUUUGUUA